AUGGUACCAGGCUGGUCUGGGCUGAUACUGCAGCUGCUCAUUGCUCUCACAGACAUCACCUUUCCAACACAGAAGUUUAAAAACUCCUCACAGGUUGAAACAGUGGCGUCAGCCAACAAAGAGCAUCGUUCUGCCUGUCUGCAGUGCUAUCUGAGGGCUCUGGUAGAGUCAUUUAACCAAAGGUCAGCCCUGGGAUUAGAAGACCUGCAUCUGAAAGGGGCAACUGUGUCAAGAAUCUCAGUGCAGGAUCAUCGUGGUUAUGUGGAUGAACUGAAAUUAUUCAGCCGUAACCAUGGAUACAGUGGUUUGGUGGUGAUCUUCUCCAUCGGUGACACAGUUCAUCGUGUACGCCAGCAGGUGGCUGUCUAUUCAAGUAACACAGAUCUUGUGACCCAGAUCUGCUGUGAAUUGGAAGGGUCUUCAAGCUGGUCUUUGUCCCCGGAGUGUUCCUUGGGCUUUCUGCAGGUCUACAACAUCCCAUUGUCAUCUGAUAUUAUUCUAGUGAACAAAGAGCUGCAGCAACUACUUAAGGAGUUAGUCAACAGGUGUAGGUCUGUGUUGACCCAUCACCCCAGCAGCAGAACGUCUUCCACAGAGGGAGUAGCGGGCAGCGUCGAGUUCUCCCAGGGAUCAUCUGGCUUCAACAACAUGGAUGGUUCUGACAUGGAACGAGCCAAAGGAGGCAGUGAAGAUGUAGCGCCAAUGGCAAGUGCAAUGGAAGAUGGUGACCAGGAUUUGAGAAGUGUAGAAGCUGGUGCCAUUGGGGAGCUUGUGAGCCCACACAGCAGUAUGACCAUGAUUCGUAGCAACCGUUCCUCCAAAGAGAGUUCAAUGUUCCUUAGUGAUGACAGCCCAGUCAGUGAUGUUGUUGCAGGAGGGGGAUUAGUAGGAGGUCCAGGAGCUCCCUUUCGCAGAAACCCCUCUCCUCUGGGAUUGUCAUGUCUUUCUCCUCCUGUCCCACCUGAAAGGAAAAAACACAGCUCUACAAGAAAUAAGAGUAACAACUUUGAUGUGCUUAGUUUUGACCCUCUUCACCACCUCUUCAGCCACACCGUAUCAGUAGGAAGAGAAGAUGGAGCAAAAACAGCUGGGAGUUUCAGCUUGUCAGAAUUUGAAGAACUGAGCCUGGUUGAUUUCUCUGGUCCCAGUUCAACUGGUGGACAUGAAAGUAGAAAGUCUUCUGAUGACAAUCAAAUGAUUGAGGAAAUACAUGGAAACAAAGUGAUUGAAACUGUGGUUCCUCCAACUCCAGUCAACAGCUUGGUUGGUAGCAAUUCACCCAGCAGAGGAGGUAGGUUUUUCCCUGAAGAUGUAGCUGAAAAGAUCAGUGGCCUGCUGCACAAGGAGAGCAUUUCAUCUUCUUUGUCUGACACCUGGGAUGAGCUUGGCUUUGAUAUGGAAGAAGCAUCUAAAUGUGAUAAGACCUUGAACACUGGCAAACAUUCAGAAACUUUACAGAACACCGUGGAGGAUAUGACUGAGAAAGUGGCAGUGGAUGAUUCAGGCAGAAAAGAGAUCUCAGAGUCAAUGAUUGCCCCACAAAGGUGCAUGCGUCUUGAACCUCAGCUUAGUCUGAACACUGAGCAAAAUGAAUUACAUGAUGACUGGAACCCAGAUUUAUUACUGAAGGAACAAUGGAACCCUGUUACUUUGGUUGAUCUGCAACUGACACCUCCAGAAGAAGAAGGAACUGAAAAAUCAAAAAGAGGUUUAACAGGAAUAAAAAACAUAUCCUCCAUCGUGAGAAUGAAAGUAGUCUUGAGUACUCUAACACCAGAUGCCUCAAAAAAAGAGGAUGAAGCAUUCCAUUGCAAAAAAGGAGACCAACAACAGGAGCCACUCAACUUCUGGACCUACUUGGCUCAGAAAGGACUUCUCAGUUCAGAUCAUGGCCCUAUCACAUCAUACCCAGAGUCUCUGGACAUGUGGAAUAUGACAAUACGGGAUGACAGUUUAUCACCUACUACCCCUGACAACCUGUCCGAACAGUCAGAUUCUUUCUGUGCAAUGAACACAAGAGUUGGGGGUGGAGCAUUAGUUGAAAGUCCCCUAGAAUUAUCUGAUGGUGGAAUGGAGAUGUGGAACACCACUAUACAAGAGGAUAGCUCUUCCACAAUAACCAGCCCAGAAGGACAAGAAACUGGACAAGGCCUUGGUCUCAUGGGAUUAUGGGAUAACAAUGACACUUCACAGACAGAAGACAAGGAGCAAGAGAGGUGUACAAAUGAGGGACUGAGUCAGAUGUGUGAGGAAGAAGAGUGGGAAGGUGGAGAUGGUCAGCAUAAAGUAAAAAUAGUUAUAGAAGAAGCAGAAAAUGAAAUACACCCUGAAGAACUGGAGGACAUUGAAAUCCCAAAUCCACAGCAUGAGACUUCCCACUACCAAGGUUGUGAUAUCUGGGACAUACCUGUUCCUGGAAUGGUGACUUCCACCUCAGAAUAUGACAAUGUAGGUGCUGGUGCCUGGAGCCUGAGAUCUUCUCCUGAAGGCAAUGCUACCCCUUUAAUGGACAACUUAAUAGAUGAGCAGUCAAGUCCUUUUAUAAUGUUGGGUGAUCCUACUCUGUUAGAUGAGGGACAUGAUAAAUAUCAGACCAGACCUUCAGUUAGUGAAUACCCAACCAGUGAAGUCUUCCUGUUUGAGGGAGAUAGAGGACUGAGUCAAAUGACCAGGAACACAAUAGAUCCAACUGAAAAUAAAUACAACAAAAGUGAAGAAAAAUCAGAGGGAGUUUUAUCUGACUGGAUAGAGCAAUGUAAUGAUAAUUCUCCUUUUGUUCUGGAAGGAUGCACCCCCAACACAAUGCCUAUUAAAUCAAGUCCAGAUGAAACUACUGUGGGCCUUUUAUUAUCCCCAUGUCUUGUGACUUGUACCAAUCACUCAGAUGUUUCCAAAGGACAUGACUACUCAGAAUUACACGAUGUCCCAGUGGUUUACACUGAAGAUGCACCUGCAAUGGAAAGCCAAAGGGGUUUUCACAAUGAAGAGGGUAAUAAAACAGAAACUCUGUCUCUAAAUUCCAGCUCCGGAGGGGAGAAAGACACAAUGAAAUGCAGCCCUGACAGUCUUCAGCCAGGGAGCCAAGAUGAACUCAGAUCCAAUUCAGAUGGUGAUUCUUCAUCAGGACUAGAAAUGGAAUAUAUUAUUGUGUCUGGUACAGUAAAAGAGGAUGAAAGAGCAUGGUAUGAUAGGCCUAAAGAGGAUUUUAGAGGUGUGCAAGCAAAGGUAACAAGGAAGUCCAUGGAGACGUAUAGCAUGCUUUCUUAUGCUGCCACAAUACUGCAAAGCCAAGCAGCGCAUCAAGAACAUCAGCAGAGUGGUAAGCAAAACCAAAUGGUUACUGACAGCACUCUCAGUGCAGAUAAACAGGAAUAUCAAACUGUAGUUUUCCAAACUACAUUAGACAACAGUAACCAAUAUGAUAGUAGUACAAAAGAUUCAAAUCAAAGUACUAAUAACAAAUAUUCAAGUCAUAUAUACUCUGAAACGUAUCCCACCCAAUCUGGUCAAUCAAAUUUAGGUGUGCAUGCUUCUUCUCAGUCUUCCUCAGGUGAUAUUCAUUUUCAGGAAGGUGUUAACACCACUCAGUAUCACAUGGUGCCAGAGACAAUCAGUCCGAGCCAAUCGAAAACAAACACUGAAACUUUUCAAUGGUCAGGUUCAAAUAUGACAGUUUGCAGCCAAACACAGGUAGAAGACACACAGUGUGAUGAUGAAUCAAGCAUUUCAAGAAGUCUCUCUUCAUCACUGAGAUAUCCAUCAGAUAAUUUCCUUAAAAUCAGAGAAGAAGUUUAUGUCCAUUCUCAGAUCUCUAUGGAAGAUUCAGAUGAAGGUGGGCAAUCCCCGUCUACUGCUCUCCCGUGUCCUCCAUCUUUGGGAAACAUUCAAGUUUGGGAAGAUCAGUUAUUGAGACAAGAUAAGUCGAAAGUGCAAUCCCCCAUACUUACUAACAGCUCUUCCUCCCAGGUCAGCUCUUUGAUUGGUACCCCUUUAAGCGAGUCAGACAGGAUAAUUGGAUUACCAUUUUCUGGAGAUUUAAUGGAAGAGGAGAAAGACGAUGAAGAACAAGAAGAGACUGCUGCAGAAUGUACUACCCUGCUAAAAUGGAGUUCAGACAUACACAGUGAUAGGACUGAAAUGCUGAACUUUCAAAGACCAUAUCUAGGCCCUUCUGAUUUGCUGAGACUCACUGAAGAGCAGCGUGCUGGCUGUUCAUUUCAGGAAACCGAUUCAAAUACACUUAAGACUGACAGGUUUCCAAAGUACAUAGUGAAUAGACAAUCUGUAAGGACCCUUGACUGUGAUGAAAGGUUGCCUGAGCAACAGACUGGAGACUGUGAAACCCCAUCUUUCUCAAGCUGGAGCCCCACCACAGCUAAUGGAAACAGCUCCCCUAGCUCUCUUACAAGAAGACUCCAAGAUGUGACAUCACAACUGUCAAUGCAGUCAACCAAUGAUAAUGUGACAUUUCACUGGGUGCAAAGUCCCCCUGCAACUCCCAGUCACACCCAAAGUGGCUACAACUACCAUCACAUUGACCAAAGAACUGAAUACCAGAACACCCAUCCAGCCACCAGAAAAUCCACCAUCCAUCAGAACACAGACGUCUAUGCUGAGUUUACAUCCGAUGCUGCUCCUGAACAGUACAGAUCCGACUGGGCUGGGAAUCAUGACCAAUACAACUUAGAUGUUCCAGUUUCAAAAAGCCACUACGAAAGCGAUUCCAAUUCUAUGUGCACUUCUGAAUUCCAGUGUUCUGAAUAUCAAACUGACAGCCAAAGACCUAAUGAGACAGACUGUACUCUUUACCAGUUUGAUGGACAGAUGUUUCAAUCAGAUGUCCGCGCUGAAAGAGAUCACGCACAGUACGUGCCAGAUGGAUACAUCCAGUUUCUACUGUCAAGCAGGCCUUCUCAACAGAAAGAAAGCACAGGACCAAUGAUGAAGAAGAUGGCCUCCAGUGAAGAAGCUGCCGAGGAAACGGACAACCAAGAAGACCCACCAUCCUCAACGGAUCUAUCAGGAGGGUCCAGUCAAAGGAGGAAAUUGCCUGCUCCAGCACUUAAUAUGUCAUUGGACCAUAGCGAAGGUUCUCUGCUCUCAGACGACACCUUGGACACAGAGGAUGAAGAUUCAGAUACUGGAGAUGACCUGGAUGUCAACUUAGAUGAAAUGGAUACACCUGAUGAAGCUGAGUCACUGGAGUUACCUAGAAAAGGGGACUCAGGAGAUGUGAAUGUGCAUGCAGAACCACCAUCAACUGGUGCCGUUGCAGGACGAGGUGGUGCUGAGGGGGGCAGAGACAGUAGGCUGUGGAGGACUGUUGUGAUUGGAGAACAGGAACAUCGCAUUGAUAUGAAGUGCAUUGAGCCAUAUAAGAGAGUUAUCUCUCACGGAGGUUACUAUGCUGAAAAGAAUGCCAUCAUUGUGUUUGCUGCAUGUUUUCUCCCAGACAGCAACUGUGACAAUUAUCAUUAUGUGAUGGAAAACCUUUUUAUGUAUGUAAUCAGUACCUUGGAGCUAAUGGUGGCAGAAGAUUACAUGAUUGUUUACCUGAAUGGUGCAACACCACGCAGAAGGAUGCCUGGUUUUUCUUGGAUGAAAAAAUGCUAUCAAAUGAUAGACAGAAGGCUGAAGAAAAACCUGAAGAUGUUCAUUAUUGUGCAUCCUUCCUGGUUCAUACGGACAUUGUUGGGAAUCACGAGACCAUUUAUAAGCUCCAAAUUCAGCAGUAAGAUCAGAUAUGUGGGUAGUCUGCACGAGCUGCAGCAAAUUAUCCCCAUGGAGUUUGUUCACAUUCCACCCUGUAUUCUCAAGCUGGAUACAGAAUUGAAAGGAUCAACAGCUAAAGCCGACCAGAAGAAGAAUUGGGCUGUUUGAACGCUCUAAGAUGUGUGGCUGCUGCCUGUUUUCUCUCUGUAGAAUGCUGUAAUCUACAACAGCAUCUGUGAACAAAGCUGAGCCUGCAGCAUGAUGUGUAUUAAAUGCCCACAUAGUUGUAACACCACAGGCUAUGAAGAACAGAAGAUACUGAAGUACAAAACAUCAGGCAAGUGCUCACGUGCUGCUGGUAGUGCUACAUAGAUCACCGUGGAAACCCCUAAAGAAGGUGUUGGCCAUAAA